CUGGCAAAGAUGGCGGCGCCCAGCGGUGCGGCGUGCGGGCCGUGAGAGGACGCCGUGCGCUGGUGCUGGCAUCUGGAGCGUGGGGUCGUCGGCGUCAUGUCGCGAUUGAUCGUGAAGAACCUCCCAAAUGGGAUGAAGGCAGAGCGUUUCCGGCAGCUUUUCGCCGCCUUCGGCACGCUGACCGACUGCAGCCUGAAGUUCACCAAAGAUGGCAAGUUCCGCAAGUUUGGUUUUAUUGGCUUCAAGUCUGAGGAAGAGGCCCAGGCAGCGCUGAGCCAUUUCAACAGGAGCUUUAUCGACACGUCCCGGAUCACAGUGGAGUUCUGCAAGUCUUUCGGAGAUCCAACGAAGCCCCGAGCCUGGAGCAAACAUGCCCAGAAGCCCAGCCAGCCCAAGCAGCUGUCCCACGACUCUGUAACCCCCGAUGCUAAGAAAGACCACAGCAAGAAAAAAGUGCCAAGUGAACUGGAGAAGCUGAAGGAAGAUGGCGACUUCCAGGAGUUCCUGUCCGUUCACCAGAACAGGGCCCAGGUGGCCACGUGGGCCAACGAUGCUCUGGACACUGAGCCCCCGAAAGGGAAGAAUAAGCCAGCCAGUGACUACCUGAACUUUGACUCCGACUCAGGGCAGGAGAGCGAGGAGGAGCAAGAAGAGGAACAAGGCCUGCAGCCAAAGGCAGCUGUGCAGAAGGAGCUGUCAGACAUGGACUACCUGAAAUCCAAGAUGGUGCAAGCUGAGGUGUCCUCCUCAGAAGGGGAGGAGGACGAGGACAGUGAAGACGAGGCAGUGAACUGUGACGAAGGCAGUGAGUCCGAGGAGGAGGAGGAAGAGGAGGGCUCCCCUGCUGCUCCAGCCAAGCAGGAGUGUGCAAGCCAGGGAUCCCUGCCUGGGAGCAGAAGGCCUCAGGAGGCUGCAGACAAGGCAGGGAAACCAGCCAACCAGAAGGAUCCCACCACUCCCUACACUGUGAAGCUACGAGGAGCCCCGUUCAACGUCACCGAGAAAAAUGUUAAGGAAUUCCUGGCACCCCUGAAGCCAGUGGCCAUUCGAAUAGUGAGAAACGCUCACGGGAACAAAACAGGGUACAUCUUUGUGGAUUUAAGCAGUGAAGAGGAAGUGAAGAAAGCUCUGAAAUGCAACCGGGAAUACAUGGGUGGACGCUACAUUGAAGUGUUCAGGGAGAAGCAGGUUCCCACGGCCCAGGGACUCCCAAAGAGCAACACCAAAGUCUGGCAGGGCCGCACCCUUGGGGAGCAUGAGGAGGAGGAGGAUCUGGCUGACUCAGGGAGACUCUUCGUACGCAACCUGUCCUAUACCAGCUCUGAGGAGGACCUGGAGACACUCUUCUCUGCCUAUGGGCCCCUGUCAGAGCUCCACUACCCCAUCGACAGCCUGACCAAGAAGCCCAAAGGCUUUGCCUUUGUCACCUACAUGUUUCCUGAGCACGCUGUGAAGGCCUAUGCCGACGUGGACGGGCAGGUGUUCCAGGGCAGGAUGCUCCACGUCCUGCCGUCCACCAUCAAGAAAGAAGCCAGCCAGGAUGCUGACACCGCAGGCUCCUCGUACAAGAAGAAGAAGGAAGCCAAGGACAAAGCCAACAGCUCCAGUUCUCACAACUGGAACACGCUGUUCAUGGGGCCGAAUGCUGUGGCCGACGCCAUUGCUCAGAAGUACAAUGCCACCAAGAGCCAAGUGUUUGACCAUGAGACCAAAGGUAGUGUGGCCGUGCGGGUGGCCCUGGGUGAGACCCAGCUGGUCCAGGAAGUCCGGCGCUUCCUCCUUGACAACGGUGUCUGUCUGGACUCAUUCAGCCAGGCUGCCGCGGAGCGGAGCAAGACGGUGAUUUUGGCCAAGAACCUGCCGGCAGGCACCCUGGCUGCGGAGCUGCAGGAGGCCUUUGGCCGCUUCGGCAGCCUAGGCCGCGUGCUGCUGCCUGAGGGUGGUGUCACGGCCAUCGUGGAGUUCCUGGAGCCCCUGGAGGCCCGCAAGGCCUUCAGGCACCUGGCUUAUUCCAAGUUCCACCAUGUCCCUCUGUUCUUGGAGUGGGCUCCAGUUGGUGUCUUUGGUGCAGCCCCACAGAAGAAAGAGUCCCACAUCACCCCAGCAGAACCACUGGAAAAGGACCACGUGCCACCAGAAACAGCAGCAGAUGGUGAGACCCCAGAAGGUAAGAAGGCAGCUGAGGAAGGAGCAGAGGCCCCCACAGCCAAGAUGGAGGAAGAAGAGGAGGAAGAGGAAGAGGAAGAGGAGAGCCUUCCUGGGUGCACCCUGUUUAUCAAGAACCUCAACUUCAGCACCACGGAGGAGACACUGAGGGAGGUGUUUUCCAGAGUGGGAGCAGUGAAGAGCUGCUCGGUGUCCAAGAAGAAGAACAAAGCAGGAUCACUGCUGUCCAUGGGGUUCGGGUUUGUGGAGUACAGGAAGCCGGAGCAGGCCCAGAAAGCUCUCAAGCAGCUCCAGGGUCAUGUCGUGGAUGGCCACAAGCUGGAAGUGCGGAUCUCAGAACGGGCCACUAUGCCAGCCUUGACACCCACUCGGAAGAAACAGAUCCCCAGGAAGCAGACGACCUCCAAGAUCCUGGUGCGCAACAUCCCCUUCCAGGCCAACCAGCGGGAGAUCCGGGAGCUCUUCUGCACCUUCGGGGAACUGAAGACCGUGCGCUUGCCGAAGAAGAUGACAGGGACAGGCACACACCGAGGGUUCGGCUUCGUGGACUUCCUCACCAAGCAGGAUGCGAAGAAAGCCUUCAACGCCCUGUGUCAUAGCACCCACUUGUACGGCCGCAGGCUGGUGCUGGAGUGGGCAGACUCUGAAGUGACCGUGCAGGCCCUGCGGCGGAAGACUGCCAAGCACUUCCAAGAGCCCCCAAAGAAAAAGCGGUCUGCGGUGUUGGACGGGGUCCUGGAGCAGCUGGAAGACAGUGAGAACGAUGAGGAGCAAACCCUUCAGCUGUGAGCUGGCACCACUGGGGCAGCAGCGCAAGACCCCUCAUUGCUUCUGGCCUGGAGACAGUGCAUGGCUCAGGACCCUGAGCCUCAGCUUAGUUACCCAGGGGCCUUCCAGUGGCUCCUGUGACAUCAUACUCCAGGCCUUGGUACCAGGCUCACCGCUGGACUCUGCUGUCACCAGUGUGUGCCACCCUCCAUUGCCAGGUGGAGGCCCUAUGACUAUAUCGAAGCCUCCCAUAACCACCCUGCACCACCAGCCAGAGGGAGCAGGAUACUAAGGAGCAAGGAGCCAAGGCCCUUCAGCCACCUGCGAUUUGGUCCCAGCACUGCUGCUUCCAGUGUGACUGCAGACCCCACGGUGCUGUCUUCUUGCCCCACGUGGUCUGUCCUCGGAGCCAGGGUGACUCGUGCCUGCCUCGGCCAGCCCCCUGGAGCUUAACCAGCCAGCCCAAGUCAAGAUGCUCCUCCCCGCUCAGCUGCUCUGUGGUGCUGGAUUUGGGGGUGCUGGGCAGGGAUCCGAGCAAGGGUCCAAGAGGCUUCUGACUUUAUUCAGGAAACUUGGCCUGUGGUUUUUUUCGUGGGGACCAGGCCCUGGUUUUCAGAAUGGCCUGACCCCAAGCCAGAGUACCAGCAUCGAGGGCCACUUCCUGUGGGUGGAGAAGGCUCUCACCUGGCCGCAAGUGACCCGGGUUAUACGAUGAAGGACAAGGCCGAGAGUGGUGGCUCCUUCCCAGAGCCCAGGCCUCCCGUGGGGGGCUGGGCAGCGGGCAUCAGCCACUGCACUAGGAUGGCACAGUGUGACUGGAGGCUCCAGAGCAGAGCCCGCCCCGCGGCAGCUCAGUGCGAGCAGCAAGCCCUUGCCUGGACUCCGGCCUGUGCGAGCUCUCGGGAGCUCCGGAGGGCGGCUUCUCCAAGUCCUGGGCCCCCAGCUUGACGAAACAGUGAGCAGUGGCUUCAUCACAGAGGGGCUGUGGGGCCACCCAAGGUCACCAGCGUGAAGGGCCCACAGUGAGCAGCAGAAAGGGGAGCCACCAGCUCCCAGCCAGAACUGGCUAGUGGGAGUGACGAUGCCAGAGAGCACGUCCCUCCUGCCCCAGCUGGUCCCCCAGACCCGCCUUCAUGUCACACCCAUGGUAGACUCAGCUCUCAGGCUGAGUAUGGACAAAACCUUGCUAGGCCUUCCCUGGGCUCUGGAAUGAGCCACCAGCCCCACCCUGGUUCCACAGUCCUGCCCUGUGGCCCUGCCACCAGCCCUGAGUGCAUUGUGUCCUUCUGGGGGUCUGCCCCCACCCCGGGCCUACAGCGCUCUUCUAGGUCCCUGUUUGCUUCUCCUCGUCUCUGUGGAGAUCUUCAUCUCAGUCACACUGGUCUCCAUUCAAAUCACCCUCCACUGAGAGGGAUGUCCCCUGGCCAGGUCAUCCUCAGAAGCCACAGUUGGAUCCCAUCCACACCCAGUCCUUUGUCCGGUCCCCCAAGGCUGGGAUCACAGGUGUGCACCCCCCACACCCAGAUCUGAAGGAUGUUUGAAAGGAUAAAUAGGAGAUUGUGGGUGGCCUGCAAACAAGAAGCAGAAUAGAGGGGUUCAGGGCUCUGCCUAGGGAGCCCAGCCCAGGAGGGUGGAGCAGGCCUGCAGCGCCCAUGUGCAGAGGCAGGGCCUCAGUGGGAGGGAGCCUGUGUGCGUGACAUCAUCACCCCCUGGGAUUCCUCACAGAGCUGCAGCCCAGAACGGGUCCUGGUGGUUGAGAAGGGACACCCUAGUGCUUCUGUCCCCAGAUCAUUCACCAUGCUUUCCACAUGGAGUACAGGCCCUGCCUCAGCCUGGAGUUGAGGGAAGGAGCUGGCAUUGCCUGGCUGGCAGCCUCACAGGGGAGGGUGGAGGCCAUGAGGCGGGAGCUCAGGUUCCAACUCCAGCACUGUGGCUCUGUCAGCAUUUUGUCACCUCUUGGUAAGGGGCAGGCACUUCAAGAUAGCCACCCCCACUGCAGAGCCAGAUAGGACCCUCAUUCAUUCAGUCGAUCCUCGGGCACCUGUGGGGCAUCCCCUGUGUUCCAGACAUGUACUGUGCACCCAUAUGGGGGUUGGCAGGACAGAAACCUGGUCAUUCCGCAUUUUACACAAGGGCAGGGCUUGCUGGCUGGGCAUCAGGGUCUGCCAGACUUCUAGACACACAAGUGGGGCAGCAGUCUCCAGCAGCCCCCUGCCUGGGUCCCCUCUCUGCUGCCUCCCUGAACGGGCCCAGCCCUCUUCCCUCAGGCCACAGCCAGGGCGCUCGCUCUCGGGGUGUCUGGGACACGAUCAGCUGGAGCCAGGCGUGCAGGCGUUGCUGAACAGAAACAAGCUCUGUCUCAACAUCUAAUUCAGCUUGUUCAGCAGAGACAAAUAUGAAGUGGUUGCCAGUCAAAAUGUUCAAAGGACCAGUAAGGGGGAGAGAGAGGCCGCUGAAACUUAAAUUUUAAUGAAAAAUUACUUUAACCCUUUGGGACAUCCCGGGGAAAUAGAACACAGGCUCCUGGGGUUCUGUCUUUGUGUGUCUCAGGAUCACCGGGGAUUGGUAGGCAUCUUUCUUUUGUUGCUCAGCAGUGUGAAGUCUUGUUUCCUAGUGACAGACUCACCCACACCACAGGCGAUUUUUCCCACUGGCUCCUGUGCUGUUGGGGCACCAGGUGCCUCCUUGGUCCUUUUGUUUGGCGGGGGGGGAUUUAUAGCAUUCAAUUCAUGAGGAAAGAACUGAUUUGCAAAUAA